AUGGGACAAGUCUCUGGUUUAGGCUUAGGUGGUACAGAAGGUGGAGUAGGAGAAGACGAUGGUGGCGGACACGUUUUUGGUGGAGUUGGAUUUGGUGGCGUUACGAUAGGUGGUGUUGGUGUAGGCGGCGUUACCACGGGAGGUGUUGGUUUUGGAGGUGUUACCACGGGUGGAGUUGGUUUUGGCGGUGUUGCAAUAGGUGGAGUGGGUGUAGGCGGUGCUACGACUGGUGGAGUUGGUUUUGGCGGCGUCACCAUAGGUGGAGUCGGUUUAGGCGGCGUUACCACAGGUGGAGUUGGCAUCGGCGGCGUGACGGGUGGAGUUGGCUUUGGCGGCGUUACGAUGGGAGGAGUUGGCAUAGGCGGGGUUACGAUGGGAGGAGUUGGCAUAGGCGGUGUUACAACGGGUGGAGUUGGUUUUGGGGGUGUUACUACGGGUGGAGUUGGUUUUGGUGGAGAUACAACGGGUGGUGUUGGUGUAGGAGGUGUUACAACGGGAGGUGUUGGUUUUGGAGGCGUUACGAUCGGUGGAGUUGGUUUUGGCGGUGUUACAAUAGGCGGAGUUGGUGUUGGCGGUGGUACGACAGGUGGAGUUGGUUUUGGCGGCGUUACAAUAGGUGGUGUAGGUGUUGGCGGCGUUACAGGUGGAGUUGGCUUUGGUGGUGUUACAAUUGGUGGAGUUGGCAUAGGCGGCGUUACGGGUGGAGUUGGUUUCGGUGGCGUUACAAUGGGAGGGGAUGGCAUAGGCGGCGUUACGACUGGUGGAGUUGGUUUUGGAGGUGUUACUAUAGGUGGUGUUGGUUUAGGCGGCAUGACAACGGGUGGAGUUGGUCUUGGCGGUGUAACGAUUGGUGGUGUUGGUUGUGGCGGUGUAACAACAGGUGGUGUUGGUUUUGGUGGCGAUACAAUAGGUGGUGUUGGUGUAGGCGGUGUUACCAUAGGAGGUGUUGGUUUUGGAGGCGUUAUCACAGGAGGUGUUACAAUAGGCGGAGUCGGUGUUGGCGGUGCUACGACAGGUGGUGUUGGUUUGGGUGGCGUAACGAUAGGUGGAGUUGGUUUUGGCGGCGUUACGACAGGUGGUGUAGGUAAUGGUGGAGUUGGUUUAGGCGGUGUUAAAACAGGUGGAGUUGGCACUGGUGGCGUUACGGGUGGAGUUGGCUUCGGUGGCGUUACAAUGGGAGGAGUCGGCAUAGGCGGCGGUACGACUGGUGGAGUUGGUUUUGGAGGUGUUACUAUAGGUGGUGUUGGUUUAGGCGGUGUGACAACGGGUGGUGUUGGUUUUGGUGGCGAUACAACAGGCGGUGUUGGUGUAGGCGGCGUUAUCACAGGAGGUGUUGGUUUUGGAGGUGUUACAACUGGUGGAGUUGGUUUUGGUGGUGUUACAAUAGGCGGAGUCAGUGUUGGCGGUGCUACGACAGGUGGAGUUGGUUUUGGUGGCGUAACGACAGGUGGAGUUGGUUUUGGCGGCGUUACGACAGGUGGUGUAGGUAAUGGUGGAGUUGGUUUAGGCGGUGUUACAACGGGUGGAGUUGGCAUUGGUGGCGUAAUGGGUGGAGUUGGCUUCGGUGGCGUUACAAUUGGAGGAGUUGGCAUAGGCGGUGCUACCACAGGUGGAGUUGGUUUUGGUGGGGUUACAACGGGUGGAGUUGGUUUUGGUGGUGUAACGACUGGUGGUGAUGGUUGUGGUGGUGUAACGACCGGCGGUGUUGGUUUUGGUGGCGAUACGACUGGCGGUGUUGGUGUAGGUGGUGUAACCACGGGAGGUGUUGGUUUUGGAGGAGUUACGAUUGGUGGAGUCGGUUUUGGCGGUGUUACAAUUGGUGGGGUUGGUGUUGGUGGUGCUACAAUAGGUGGAGUUGGUUUUGGUGGUGUAACGACAGGUGGAGAUGGUUUUGGCGGCGUUACGACAGGUGGUGUAGGUGAUGGUGGUGUUAUAAUAGGUGGAGUUGGUUUAGGCGGUGUUACAACGGGUGGAGUUGGCAUCGGCGGUGUUACAGGUGGAGUUGGUUUUGGUGGUGUUACGAUGGGGGGAGUCGGCAUAGGCGGUGUUACGACUGGUGGAGUUGGUUUUGGAGGUGUUACUAUAGGUGGUGUUGGUUUAGGCGGAGUCACCACGGGUGGAGUUGGUUUUGGCGGUGUAACGAUUGGUGGUGUUGGUUGUGGCGGCGUAACAACGGGUGGUAUUGGUUUUGGUGGCGAUACAACAGGCGGUGUUGGUGUAGGCGGCGUUACUACAGGAGGAGUUGGUGUUGGAGGCGUUACAACUGGUGGAGUUGGUUUUGGUGGUGUUACAAUAGGCGGAGUCGGUGUUGGCGGUGGUACGACAGGUGGAGUUGGUUUUGGGGGCGUUACAACAGGUGGUGUAGGUAAUGGCGGAGUUACCACAGGUGGCGUUGGUUUGGGCGGUGUUGCAACGGGUGGAGUUGGCAUCGGCGGCAUCACGGGUGGAAUUGGCUUCGGUGGCGAUAUGAUUGGAGGAGUUGGCGUAGGCGGUGCUACCACAGGUGGAGUCGGUUUUGGUGGCGUUACAACGGGUGGAGUUGGUUUUGGUGGUGUAACCACUGGUGGUGAUGGUUGUGGUGGUGUAACGACCGGUGGUGUUGGUUUUGGUGGCGAUACAACGGGCGGUGUUGGUGUAGGUGGUGUUACCACGGGAGGUGUUGGUUUUGGAGGAGUUACGAUUGGUGGAGUCGGUUUUGGUGGUGUUACAAUUGGCGGAGUCGGUGUUGGUGGUGCUACAACAGGUGGAGUUGGUUUUGGUGGUGUAACGACAGGUGGAGUUGGUUUUGGCGGCGUUACGACAGGUGGUGUAGGUGAUGGCGGCGUUACAACAGGUGGAGUUGGUUUGGGCGGUGUUACAACGGGUGGAGUCGGCAUCGGCGGCGUUACAGGUGGAGUUGGUUUUGGUGGCGUUACGAUGGGAGGAGUUGGCGUAGGUGGUGUUAUGAUGGGAGGAGUUGGCGUAGGUGGCGUUACAACGGGUGGAGUUGGUUUUGGUGGUGUUACUAUAGGUGGUGUUGGUGUAGGUGGCGUUAUCACGGGUGGAGUUGGUAUUGGUGGUGUUACAAUAGGUGGACUUGGUUUUGGUGGUGUAACGAUCGGUGGUGUUGGUUGUGGCGGUGUAACGACAGGCGGUGUUGGUUUUGGAGGCGAUACAAUUGGCGGUGUUGGUGUUGGUGGCGUUACCACGGGAGGUGAUGGUUUUGGAGGCGUUACGACGGGUGGAGUUGGUUUUGGGGGUGUUACAAUAGGCGGAGUUGGUGUUGGCGGCGUUACGACAGGUGGUGUAGGUGAUGGCGGCGUUACCACUGGUGGAGUUGGUUUAGGCGGUGUUACGACGGGUGGAGUUGGCAUCGGUGGCGAUACAAUGGGAGGAGUUGGCGUUGGUGGCGCUGCCACGGGUGGAGUUGGUUUUGGUGGUGUAACGACUGGUGGUGUAGGUUUGGGUGGUGAAACGAUGGGCGGCGUUGGUUUUGGUGGUGAUUCAACAGGCGAAGUUGGAGCAGGGGGUGUUGGUUUUGGAGGCGUCACAAUAGGUGGAGUUGGUGUUGGCGGUAUUACGACAGGUGGUGUUGGCGGUAUUACCACAGGUGGAGAUGGUUUCGGUGGUGUUACAAUGGGUGGCGGUUUUACCACUGGUGGAGUUGGUGUAGACGGAGGUGGUUUUACGGGGGGAGGUUUCGGGUAG